GAUCAAGAAGGUCGCUUUAUAAAUUUUAGAGAAGAAGAAAUCACGCUACGUAUUCAUAUAAGACCAAUGCAAUCAUGAUUAUCUACAAUAAAUACAAUCAUAAACAAAUACCAAGACACAUUCAACACAAAGUUGUCAAACCGACAAGACCUACAAUUUCAAAGGAAAAUAAAGAGUUUUUAAAACUUAUUAAGCUUAAAGUCAAACCAAAUGUCUGAAAUACUUAACAUUAAUGAGCGUCCAUUCUCGGAUGAGAAUAUUGUAAAGAGAGACUACCACAGCUAUGUUCCAUAUAUUCAAUCAUUUAAAAAUAAUGAUGAAAUUCGGAUAAGUAUACAAAAUCAGGAUCUUUACAUACUUCCAUCGGAGAGUUAUCUAUUCAUUGAAGGAAAUUUGAAAAAUAGCAAGGGAGAAGUAUCGCAAAAUGCAAGACUGAGAAAUAAUUGUGUGGGAUACAUGUUUGAUGAAAUUCGCUAUGAACUAAAUGGUGUUGAAAUUGAUCGUACUCGUUAUCUAGGAAUAACUACAGAAAUUAAAAAUUGGAUUUCUCUAAGCGAAUCCGAAAGUAAGGUUAUGAGCAAAGCGGGAUGGAAAGCUGAUAAUGAUUUAUCAGUAGGAUACUUUAAUUUUUGUGUACCCUUAAACCGUGUACUAGGGUUCGCAGAGGACUUUGAUAAAGUAAUUUGCAACAGCAAGCAUGACUUGAUUCUUUUGCGUAGUGCCAACGAUAAAAAUGUGUGUUAUUCAACCAUGGAUACGGAGGAAAUUAAACUCACCAUAACAAAUGUUGUAUGGAAAGUACAACACAUUCAAUUAUCAGACUAUAGAAAAAUCAGCUUCUUGAAAACUAUUAAGGAUGGAAAAGCGUUGCCUUUAGCAUUCCGCAGCUGGGACUGCUACUUUAAUCCAACUUUUGCUGGUGGAAGACAACACAGUUGGAGUGUUAAAUUGUCUGUCAAUCAUGAAAGACCACGAUAUGUUGCUUUGAUAUUUGAAAAAGACAACAAGCUGGAACAUUGCGAACUUAAAAACAUCAAAGUUCACUUGAACUCUGAAACCUAUCCUUACGAUGAUUUGAAUGUAAAGUUCGAAGAAAAUGGCUAUGCAGUACUAUAUGACAUGUAUACAAAGUUUCAACAAUCAUAUUACAUGAGGGAGCCACAACCACUUCUUACAUAUGCAAGUUUUAAAGACAAGCCCAUCGCCGUUAUUGACAUUAGCAAUCAAAACGAAGCUGUUAAGAAUGGACCAAUCGAUUUAAAAAUCCAAUUUGAAACCAAUAAACCAAUUCCACAAAACACUUCUACGUACUGUUUAAUUAUACAUGAUCGUCUGGUCGAGUACGUUCCAUUAACAGGAAUUGUACGAAAAGUAGUAUAAUCUAUUUUAUACUCACCUUUGCAAGAAUAUUUCAAUAAAACGCAAUUUACAUAAAUUUAUAAACAAAAAUAUUUUGUUUUAUUUUAUAAUAAGAAUAGUUAAAGACUAGUUAAAAUAUAAUACACUUAUAUUUACUUAAAAAUUAAACAUUUUGUGUUGCGAGAAAAUAUUAAUAUGAUGACAUUUAUAGUGAGUAAAGACAAUUAAAUUAAUAUUAUUACUAUGCUCUUUUAUCUAUAUAUUGAAACUUAAAUCAUAAUUAAAUUUAUAUUUUAAUCCAAGUCCAUUGAGACAGAUUCAUUUGAGUUAUUUACAUUUGUUUCAUGAAGGUUAUUUAAUCUAUAGUGGCCCCAAGCAUAGGUGUGAAUACCAUCCUCUAGAAUAAAU